UCAGCAACUUGGCUCUGGCAACCUGGCGUGUUUAAAAGGCUGGCCACCAGACACUUGUCAACCACAACACACUGAGCCGCCCCGAGGGAAGGAUUACGCUGCACCAGUAAUACACUCUACUAGCCAACAGUACAAGUCCUCUCUUGCUACAGUAACGUUUAGUUGUGAGUGUUGGAAGAUGUCAGUGAUGGUGGUAGGUGUGAGGGCCGGGCGCGUGGUGUCAGCAGGAGCCAGACACAAGCACACACUCUCUGCAGAACAACAGCAGCAGCAACCACCACAGCAAAAGAUGCAUCAGGCAGCGAGUGGAAUGACCAGUUUUCAACCAUCACACAUACCCAUGCCAGCAAACGUAGAGGAGCUUCAGGCGUCGGAAAAGGCACGUUUCUCUCCUCGUCGCAACAGAGAUGUUUCUUCACAGUUGAACCAAGUGGGCAGCUUGUUUAGCUCAGGGUUCAUGGGCAACCAAGGGUCACAGAGUGCCUACAACCGUGGAACACUGCCUGUUGACUCUCACGUUGAUGUUUAUGAUGCACGCAUCACAGUUUCUUUGUCUUCGGUGAGUUUGAUUUAUACCUAAAGUAAGAUCCUUAUUGUAUAUAAUAAUCAUUCC